ACUUUAAUAUUCCUGUUUUAUUUUUGAAGUAUGUCUCCUGUCAUUACUGAAUGGUUCUUCCUGUUAAAGUUGAAAGUUGAAGGGCAAGUGGAAUAGUAGACUCGCACGCUUUAAAUAAGGUGACAGGUUAGUGCUUUGUACGACCUAAAAUCACAAAAAGCUGUUCUUGCUGUUGAGAAUGCUUGUCGCAUUGGGAGUUUUGCGUAGAUGCUCCACAAAUGUGGUGCCUGCUGUAAGCUGUUUACUCUCCAGGCAGAAGCACACUCUUCCAGACCUCCCAUAUGACUAUGGUGCAUUGCAACCCCACAUCAGUGCUGAGAUCAUGCAGCUACAUCACAGCAAACACCAUGCAACCUAUGUGAAUAACUUGAAUAUUGCAGAGGAAAAGUAUGCAGAGGCAUUAUCCAAGGGUGAUGUCACUGCUCAAAUAGCUUUACAGCCUGCUCUGAAAUUCAAUGGAGGUGGACAUAUCAAUCAUACCAUUUUCUGGACCAAUCUUUCUCCUAAUGGUGGUGGGGAACCUGAAGGAGAGUUGAUGGAUGCUAUCAAACGUGACUUUGGAUCCUUUGAGAAGUUUAAAGAGAAGAUUACUGCAGUAUCUGUUGGUGUCCAAGGUUCAGGCUGGGGUUGGUUGGGUUUCAGCAAAGACUAUAAUCGUCUGCAGGUGGUCUCUUGCUCCAACCAAGACCCACUACAUGGAACUACAGGCUUGAUUCCUUUGCUAGGCAUUGAUGUUUGGGAGCAUGCCUACUAUCUACAGUAUAAGAAUGUGAGACCUGACUAUCUUAAAGCCGUCUGGAAUGUAAUUAAUUGGGAGAAUGUGACCGAAAGAUAUCGGGCUGCCAGAAAAUAAAAUUAAUAUUGAAUUUUCUAUUAGAAUCCCACAUGACUUCAUGCACUGCUACUUUUGGAGACUAGUUGAGUAAAGGAAAUGCUACGCACUUAUGUCAGGUCAUGCAAAGUAACCACUCUUGAAAUACAACAGCGAGCUUGGUUUUUGAUGCCACCACUAUAAAAUGUGAAAAGCACUUGCUAUAAUCUGCUUAAAUGAUUUCUUCAGUAAAUUCUGUUGGAAUAAAAAUUUGAUAAACA